GCAGCUUCGCGGUGGAGCGUUUGCCAUUUAACCCCUGCGCGGAACCUUGGAGCAGCGCGGCGCCGCGUGUUCGGAACUGCCCCUCGCGCAGGGGACGUCGAGCGUGACCGAGCGGCCUUCUCCCCCAGCUGGGCUCCGUUUCCCCGGCGUUCUCCCACCUUGGCUUGAGCUCCCGCGGGCCGUCCUGCGCUGCUGGUUGGCAUUCAGGCAGGCGAAGUGCUUCCCGGCGGAUCUCGUGCUAUGAGCGGCGCGUCUCCUUCCCUUGGAGCACCAGCUCCAGCAACAUACACUUGCAUCACUUGCCGAGUAACUAUCAAGGAUGCGGAUGUUCAGCGGGCCCACUAUAAGACUGACUGGCACAGGUAUAACCUGAAGAGAAAAGUCGCUGAGAUGCCCCCUGUCACUGCCGAGAACUUUCAAGAGAGGGUUCUAGCCCAGAAAGCAGGACUGGAAGAGCAGAACAAGGCCACUGCAACUUAUUGUGUAGCUUGCAGCAAGAGAUUUUGCAAUUUCAAUGCAUAUGCAAACCACCUGAAGUCCAGGAAGCAUUUGGAGCUUGAGAAGAAAGCUGUACAAGCUAUCAGCAAGAAAGUGGAACUCUUGAAUGAGAAGAAUUUGGAGAAAGGCCUUGCUCAAGAGAAUGUUGACAAAGAUGCUAUGAACACUGCUAUCCAGCAAGCCAUCAAAGCUCAGCCAUCCUCAUCUCCAAAGAAGCUUCCCUUGUCUGCAGAUGCCGUUGGCUCUUCUUUCAUGGAAGAAAGUAGCAGUUCGCUUCAGAGAAGAGAGCACAUGGAAAGACCACCCCGAUUACACUGGUUUGCGCAGCAGGCCAAGAAGCUGGCACAACAGCAGUCUGACGAUGAAGGGAAGGAGGAAGAUAUGGAGGAAGAAGGCUGGGAAGAUAUAGACUCAGAUGAAGACCUAGAGUCUGAAGAAGGAGAGGUAGAGGGAAUCCCAGAUGAACCAGAAGACAGUGUACCUGGGAAUGAUGGGGUUGACGCUGAUGCAAUUCCUAUAACAGACUGCUUAUUCUGUCCUCACCAUUCAAGUUCUCUCAUGAAAAAUGUGGCCCACAUGACAAAAGUCCAUAGUUUUUUUAUUCCAGACAUAGAAUAUCUUGUAGAUUUCAGAGGAUUGAUCAAGUACUUGGGAGAGAAGAUUGGGGUUGGGAAGAUCUGCCUAUGGUGCAAUGAGAAGGGGAAGUCCUUUUACACAACAAAAGCUGUCCAGGCACAUAUGAAUGACAAAAGCCAUUGCAAGCUCUUCACUGAGGGAGAUGCUGCUUUGGAAUUUGCAGACUUCUAUGAUUUCAGGAGCAGUUAUCCUGACUACCAAGAAGGGGAGGAUGUGGAGAUGUCUGAACAACUGCCAUCAGAAAAGAAAUUGGACUAUGAUGAUGAAACUAUGGAGCUGAUUUUACCUUCAGGUGCCAGGAUUGGUCACCGUUCCUUGAUGAAAUAUUACAAGCAGCGAUUUGGUUCCUCAAGAGCAGUAGCUGUUUCUAGAAAUAAACAGACAGUGGGCAAAGUGUUACAGCAGUAUAAAGCCCUUGGUUGGACAAGCAACUCAGGAGCAGCUCUGGCUCGCGAGCGUGACAUGCAGUACCUUCAGAGGAUGAAAGCAAAGUGGAUGCUGAAAACUAGCAUGCAAAAUAACAUUACAAAGCAGAUGCAUUUCCGCUCACAAAUACAGUUCUAAGAGUGCAAUAGAAAGUAUUCAGUAUUGCUGCCGUGAAAUUAUGGUUGAUGCCUGACAGUGGUUGCAUCUAGGCUGCUAUUUCGAACAUUUCAGUUGAAUUUUGUCAAUCAGACUUCAGCUCAAUAAAGCAUAUGCAUAAAAAUGUA